UGUCCGACAGCGUCUAAAAGAAGUUGGGUUUUUUAUAUCCAGUGGAUGUCAACAAAAGUGUGAAAAUCAGGCCUCCAAUGCCGAUGGGAGGGAUCACCAGCGAGAAGAAAAAAUGAGUGGCUGGUGGAAUAAACCUGCAGAUGUUAAGUACCGCGGUUUGGUCAACCAUGGAGCAACAUGCUACCUGAACAGUGUGCUGCAGGUUCUGUUCAUGACCGAAGAAUUCAGAGAGGCUGUGAUCAGACUUACCAGUCCCAGUGAGGAAUACAUUGAUCAUCUUCUAAAAGGAUUAUUUGGAGAAUUAUUGAAACGGACAGAACUGCUGUCAGUAGAUCCAUAUAGUAUAUUGAAAGCUCUGGGAGUCAACAACGUGUGUGAACAACAAGAUGCAGCAGAAUACUUUGAGAGGAUCUUAAGGAAAACUGGUGAAAAUGCAGCAAAGAUCUUUCAUGGACGGCUGAGUCACAGGACUGAGUGUUUAAACUGUAAGAAAGUGACUGACAGUGAAGGUCCAUUCUGGCAUCUUCCUCUUGAACUGGAGGAUUCAUUUGGUGGAAACUACAGCGUGGAGAACGGCAUCAAGAUGUUUUUUACACCAACAAUAUUUGAUGGAGAUAACCAGAUGUACUGUGACAGAUGUGAUGAUAAAGUUGAUGCUGCCAGAAAAUAUGUAAUAACUCGUCAUCCAGAUGUUUUGCUUCUGAUGCUGAAGAGGUUUGACUUCAGCUAUCAGUACAUGUCUUACAUCAAGAUCAACCAUAUUGCUGAGGUUCCUCACACCAUAGAGAUACCAGAAAAUCAGUCAUAUGAGCUCUAUGCAGUUGUGGAGCAUUUUGGUGAUCUGAGAGGAGGACAUUAUCAGGCAGUGAUCAAGUCUAAGGAUGAAGGAGGCGAAUGGUUCGUCUUUAAUGACAGUUCAGUCACACAGCUUGGCAUGAAUCCUUUCCCUGACAAUGUCAGCGUUGUACCGUCCAGCACUGCCUAUCUUCUAUUUUACAGAAAGAAAGUUGCAGAUUGUGUCAUCAGUGGCCUGUGCUCAGUCAGAGAUUCCAACCCAAACAUCUUUCAGGACCAAAGUCAAAAGGAGAAUCUGCAGCUGGAUAACAGCACAAAAACACUUGAUGAGAAUAUUUCUGAUAAGGAGGGAAAAAUUGUUCACAUGUCCACUGAAGCUGAGCCUGAGGUCAGGAAUCCUGAAAAGAGAGAAAUAAAUGAGUCAGAGGAGAUCAAUCCAUAUGAACAGAGAUUACCUGAAGAACAAACAGGCAGAGAGAGACAGAGUGAAAGGUUCAGUCAGGAUGAGACAAAAUAUCCUCCAGACAUAACAAUGGAGGAUGCAGAGGAGCAGGAGGAAAACAGAAAUCAGCUCAAUAGAGAAGAUCAAAUUCAGGGUCUAGUUGCUGGAGAAACAGAACCAACAAAGUUUGGAAAUAUGCAGACAGACAAUAAUUAUGAUGAUCAUGUAGAAAGUGCGGAACCUGUAGCAUUACAGGAAAACCUCUGGGAACAUCAGAUAUUACCAGAGGAGGUGAAGAGGAAACACGAGACAGAAAACAGCAACACACUGAUCACAACAUCAGAGGAAGCAGGCACUGCUGAUGAGGCAGAAUACAACAAACUGUUGGCAACCAAACAUUUGAGAUAUAAUUAUAAUCAAGCAGAAAAUGCUGCACUUAAUAAACUAGAAAAAACAGAAGAAAAUGAACAGAUUGGUGAGGAGGCCAGUGAUUUGAAAGAAAACCUUUCUACACAAGAUAAUGACAAUAUACCACAAAGUUUACUGAAUCCAGAUGAGAACCAUCCUGAUAAUAAACACCAAAGGAGAAAGGAAAUGACAGUCGAUGUUUCUAAAACACAACCACAAGAAACAGAGGGCAUUGAUAAAACUCAUUUUCAUAAAGACAGGCCAAAGGUAGAUAAAAGUGGAAAAAGCAAACAAAAGGAUGAACAGAGUCAGAUAAGAGGAAAGAGAAAUAGAUCAGAUCAGGGAAAGAGAGAGAAUCAAGAUCACACUGACAGGACAGGAGAGAAUCAAGUGGAAGCGUAUUCUGACAGUCCUCAGCCUUACCAUGAUGAAGGUGCAGAAGUCAUAAAGAAGAAACACACUAAAAAAGUCCAAACUAGUCAUGAUGCACAAAAUGAACUUGAUUUGAAAAAAAACAGAAAAAAUAAAAAUUAUAAGAUGGCAGCAACACUGAUAGGAAACCAGGAGGCUGAUGGAGACGAAGAAACAAGACAAGAAAACUUUCAGAGUUACAGAAAUAAAGGAUCAGAGGACGCUGAGGUCAGGAGACCAGGUUCAAAUCAGGCUGCACUUGAGCGCAAAACCAUAGAAGAAGAUAUUAGGGAGUUUUCUCCUAGUGGUAAAGAUAAAACUAAAUUAAUGAUAAAAACAAUUACUGAGGAAACCAGAACUGUUAACAACAGCAAUAACAGAAAGCAAAUUAAAAAUAAAAAUGAAGGAAAUGUUGACUUGGAGCGUGGUAAUUUGCCUUCUGCAAAAGAAGAGACAACAAUCCUCUCUGAGCCUCUUUUACUUGAGCAACAAAAUCCCACAUCAAAGAAAACCACCAGAGGGGCAAAAGAAGACGAAUACAGGCUGAACAUUUCCUCUGAUACUGAUCUUGAAGCACAACAAAAAAGGCAUGACAUAAAGAAGAAACGUUCAUGACAUGGAAAAUGCAGAUCAGGACUCAAAUGAAAAAACAUCAGAAACGUUUUAAUAGCAGUCAGUAUUUU